CCCCGCACCAACACGAUUACCAAUCUCAACAUUAACCGACGAACAACCGAGUUCUAGUCAAAUCGAGACUGUCUUGUCUAAUAACACUCUAAUCGGGAAACAAGCAAACAAAACGCGAAAUAGGUCAGUUUUCCUCACAACAGCCCAAGUGCUUGUUAGGGAUAAGCAUAACAAUGUGCAUAAAAUGAAGGCUUUUUUAGACAACGGCUCGCAAGAAAAUUUCAUUACCCAAAACGCGGUAAAAAAGUUACAAUUACCUAAGGAACAAUACGCCUUAAAUGUCAUAGGUUUCAAUGAAAAAGUGUCUACUGUCCUAGAAUCGUGUGACAUAACAUUGCAUUCCUUAGACGGAACCUUUACGACUAAUUUGUCCUGUUUUAUUUCGCCUACUGUUUGUACAACCAAUAUUGAAAUACCAAACGUGCAACGUUGGCACAUUCCGCCGCGUUAUAAAUUAGCAGAUGACGAAUUUAACUUAGCUCAAGAUGUAGAUUUGCUGAUCGGUGGCGAAAUAUUUUUUGAUUUACUUCUCACCGGUAAAUACUCGCUCGGGCCGGGAUUACCGGUUCUGAGACGCUCACGCCUGGGGUGGUUAGUUACGGGUCCCGUACAUAAAAAAUCCGAAUCUGCUAUUCAAUGUAAAAUUACAGUUGAAACUCAAUUAAAAAAGUUUUGGGAAAUAGAGGAGGGUUCCGCACCAAAUUUACCUUAUGAUGAAAAACAAUGUGAGGAUAUAUUUCUGAAAACCCACACUCACAACUCUGAAGGUAAUUUUGAAAUUGAACUUCCAUUAAAGCAGCCACCUACCAAGCUAGGUCAAUCUAGGCACAUAGCAUAUCGGAGGUUCAAAACGUUAGAGACUAAGUUCGCGCGGAACCCCGAAUUUAAGGAUAAAUAUGUGAGUUUCAUGCGCGAGUUCGAACAAGCUGGCCAUAUGAUUAAAUUACAAGAUAAUUAUGAUGGCCCAUGUAAUUUUCUACCCCACCAGGCUGUUUUUCGCGACUCCCCCUCCACUCCGAUUCGAAUUGUUUUUGACUGCUCAUGCAGGACCGAUAACGGCGUUUCAUUGAAUGAUAUACAAUACAAAGGCUCAAUAUUACAGGACGAACUCAUAAAUAUACUUCUACGGUUCCGAAAGUACCAAUAUGUUAUUAACGCUGACAUACAAAAAAUGUACAGAUGUAUUUAUUUAAAACCAAAUCAACAAUACCUACAAUGCAUAUUUUGGCGGGAAAAUACUCACCAACGACUCCAAAUUUAUAUGCCGACUACAUUAAGUUUCGGCUUAAAGUCAGCACCACAUGUUGCAACCAGAUGUUUGUUACAAUUGUCAAACGAGAACCAACACACAUUUCCAGCAGCUGCAGAGGCCAUAGCGAACCAGUUCUACAUGGACGAUUUUAUCGCCGGCGGUGACGACGAGAAUCAGGUAGCCGAAACUGCAUCACAGGUGAACGAGAUCCUGCGAGGAGCCAACUUCACGCUGCGGAAAUGGAAGUCUAACUCCGAAGCCAUCAUAAAACGGGGCUCGAGUCAGCCAACUUCCUGGCGGCGCUGCGACGGUUCAUCGCCAGGAGAGGUAAACCGAAGGAGUUGGACUUCUGGCGGCGCUGGUCACGUGACUACUUCGGAACGCUGCAGGAGCGCACGAAGUGGAGGAGCGCGCGCGGCCCAAGCCUCGCAGUCGGCACCGUCGUCCUGGUACGAGAAGAGCGCCUGCCACCCUGCCGGUGGAGGCUGGGCAAGAUCGUCGCGACGCAGCCGGGCCGGGAUGGCAUCACCAGGGUAGCCAUCAUCCGAACCGCCAGAGGAGACAUCCAACGCGCGUUCAAUAACAUUUGUCCAUUACCUACUUCGGGCCAAGUUAUAUAAGUAGUUAAUACCUACCAACCUAAUGU